AUGCCACCAAAAAAGAGCAAGGAGACAAAGGUAUGGUGUUUUCUAGUAGUAAACGUGAUUUUGAUUUCUUAAACUCGUGUUUGUACUUGUCCAUAGGCGACGUUCUAUGUGGGUAUUAAACGAUCAAUGUUUCUCGCCAUGCAUUUGUUCGAUUUGCAGAGUUUUCCGGAAAGACGGUAUUAAAAAUACGUAUCUCGCGGACCAAGCGAUCAUUGUAUUAACAGAAAACAACCUCGUGCUAAUGAAAAUUGUUUGCAACGCUGUUAAACAAUAUUUUAUUUAACAUUAACUGCUUAGUUAAUAAGCAUUAACUGCUUAGUUAGACAAGCAAGUUAACGUCUCGUCUAGCUUUUGCUAUUUGCGGGCGGAGAUGGCAAAAUGAUGUGUAUGAAAAUAAAGUACAGUGUUUGUUUAAUAACGGCUGACUUGCUUUAGUGUACACAAUCGACCAUGUUUACGAUUCGAUACCCGCCAUCUUUUGGACAUGAGUGAUGUCACGUGGUUUUUCAGUAGGGAAAAAACAAACCGGCGCGGGGGGAAUUCCUAUGUGAAAGUGACGGGGAUGCUUGUUAAGAACACCCCUAAAAGGUACCAGAAUCUUGUUUUAUGGGCGUGACCCAAAUUCAUUUCCAUCCCUAAGAGAUACCAAAUUAACAACAACAAAUUGGAACUGCAAAUUUUAAUAGUAAUAAAGAUAACUUUCAGACACUUUGUUCUCAAAGACUUUUUGAAAGCAUUGUCAUAAAUCUUACCGAGACGACUCUAGCAGCAGUCAUGUUAGGUUUUAGCACCCUAAGCGGUACCAAUUCACAAAUUUAACCCCCUAAAAGGUACACGAGCAGCCCCAUCACUUUUACAGGAGAAUACCACCCCCCUCCCAGGUUGACUGUACACAGAAAAAUAAUCUGGGUUGGCAUAAUUCUGACCAAAGCUCACUUACGUGACUUGCAUAUCACUGUGUUUUAGAAUGUUAAGGGGAAAGGAAAAUGCCCAGCCAAGGAAAGCAAAGCUAGUGAUGAUGAACCUGAAGCUAAGAAAUCUAAGAAAGAUGAUAGUGAAGCAGAAGACUCAAAUGUAGACAAUGCGGAUGAAGAAGAAACUGACUUUUCAUGUGCUACUUCAGAUAAGUAAGUAAACCACAGUUGUUGACUGUACAAUAAUUAACUCAUUUGGACCUCGGAAUUUUGCCGAAAAAUGUGUUUUGAAGCUAGUUGAGCAGUUUUCUUUCUGGCUAUAAAGAGCUAAAACUGACCGCAAAGCUGUUUACAGGUCGUACACUUCUCAGCCUUCUGAUCCAGAUGUAAAAUAUUAGCGGGCAAAGUACAGGCAUUCGCAGGAAGCAAAAGUUUGAGAUAGUUUUUGGGUUUAAAAGUGAUCAACACAGCAUUCUUGACUUUUUCUUUUCACUUUCUCUCCUCCCCUCUCCAUUCUCUUUUCUUGCAUAAUAUAUAUUUUUUCUUUUCCUGGGCAUUUAGUAGGCUUCACUUUGGUGGGAACAUUCUUGGGAAAGCUCCUAGGAUCUUAGGAUUAGGAAGGAUUGGUUAAAGAGUGUCACCCUGCAUAAGUUGGUGGACAAAGUUGUCCUUAACCGUUAAAACUAACAAUAAUGUAACAAGCAGUAGAAGGGACGUGGAUCCGCACGGGUAGUUAUGGGCGGUUCAGGGAUGAUUGGGUUAAUUUUUGUUCAACAAAAUAUUGCAACACAAUAACAUAUUGGUGUGGUGCUUAUUCUGGUCCAAUGGCAGGUUUUUUUUCCUUGCUACCAUCAGUAUGACCCUGUAGUAUGACUGUUAGUGUUUAUUUGUUAAAAGAAAACAUCUACAGAUCUUCAUGUACACUGCAGUUAGGACAAGCUGCCAAGUUAUUUACUAAAUAGUAACAUGUUUCUUUUAGAAAAUGGAACUUUAAGAUUUCUAGCUGGAAUGUAAAUGGUAUUAGAGCGUGGCUGGUAAGUAAAUUGAUACAAAAUACAUUUAGCUCUUCUCUUUUUUGACCAAAAUUUUAUGUACUGAAACAUGUUCUUGUUUUGAAGGCUAACACUAAAUUUCUUUUCCUCAGAAAAAUGGCUCAGCAUCAUAUGUGAAAAAUGAAGAUCCAGACAUAUUCUGUAUUCAAGAGACUAAAUGCCAAGAGAAAGAUGUUCCCAAGGUUUCCAUCUACAGUUUAUUUUACAUUUGUUAC